CGCAUUCCUUUCUCUUUGAACGCAGAAAUUGCAAGCCGCGAGCGAAAAGUUCUUGAAGAUAAUGAAAAUGGCGAUGCAAAGCGAUGGGUAGAUUGAUAGUUCGUGUCAUGAUGAGCUGUGUUAAAGUUUUGUAACGUUUCGCGUCAUUGAAAUGCGCAUUGUGAACACUCGUAUUUUGAAAUGAAGUGAUUAGUUUUGUUAAUAAUGUCUUCCUACUACUUUAUUUUCUUCGUUUCCGUCGUGUUUAAUCUGCAGACGGCAGUUGAAAGUUUACUCUGCUAUUGUGACUCAUGCAGUACCACUAACUACACUUGUGUAACCGAUGGCUAUUGUUUCACCUCAAGCACUCUGGACGCGAAGAGCGGUCAAUCAGUCAAAUCAUACAGGUGCUACAAUAAAUCGCAUGUCUUUCCCCCGGAGAACCCCCUCGUGUGUCGACCGGAGUCCAACGAGGGGAAUAGGGACUACGCGAUCCUAUGUUGCGAGGAUUACCCCUAUUGCAAUCACAACCUGAAUCCAAGUGUAAAUAUCACAGGUUUCGCAGAGCCACCGUGGUUCCCUGGUGUGAUAAGCAACCUGAAUGCAUGGGAACUUGCAUUGAUGAUAGCGUGUCCGAUCGCAAUGAUUUGCUGUGCUGUAGUGAUGGGCUUUUCACACCUUCAGCGGCGGCGGACACUCCACUAUCACUGUCCAGAGAAUGGUGACGCUCAGGAUGGACAGCCCAUCCUGGGGGCUUAUUCUCUACGGCACAUGAUCGAUAUGACGACCAGUGGGUCUGGCUCUGGACUUCCACUGCUUGUCCAACGAAGCAUUGCCAGGCAAAUCACUCUGGACGAAACCAUUGGAAAAGGAAGGUUUGGUGAAGUUUGGAGGGGUCGUUGGAGAGGUGAAAAUGUUGCUGUGAAGAUAUUCUCAUCUCGCGAGGAACGAUCAUGGUUCAGAGAGGCUGAAAUCUACCAAACUGUCAUGCUGAGGCAUGAUAACAUUCUUGGUUUCAUCGCAGCUGAUAAUAAAGAUAAUGGAACAUGGACUCAGUUGUGGCUGGUCACUGACUAUCAUGAAAAUGGUUCCCUCUUUGACUUCUUGAAUCGCCAUACAGUGGAUAUUCCAGGCAUGAUUCGUAUGGCCCUGUCUAUCGCAACAGGUUUAGCUCACUUGCACAUGGAAAUCGUUGGCACUCAAGGAAAACCUGCCAUUGCUCACAGAGAUUUGAAAUCGAAAAAUAUCCUCGUCAAAUCAAAUGGCACUUGUGCUAUCGGAGACUUAGGUCUUGCUGUUAGGCAUGAUGUUACAACUGACACAGUAGAUAUUCCUCUUAACAACAGAGUGGGUACAAAGAGAUACAUGGCUCCAGAGGUCCUGGAGGAUUCAAUGAACAUGAAUCAUUUCGAUUCGUUCAAGAGGGGUGAUGUGUAUGCUUUAGGCCUUAUAUUCUGGGAGAUCGCCCGAAGGUGCAAUGUGGGCGGGAUAUACGAUGAAUAUCAGUUGCCCUUCUUUGAUCUUGUUCCUUCAGACCCCACAAUCGAUGAGAUGAGGAGAGUGGUCUGCAUUGACAAACAACGCCCGUCAAUACCCAACAGAUGGCAGUCGUGCCCGGCAUUGCAAGUCAUGUCGAAAGUGAUGAAGGAGUGUUGGUAUCCUCUCGCUGCAGCACGCUUGACGGCGCUCCGAAUAAAGAAAACGCUGGCGAACCUCAGUGCCAUAGAAGAUCUCAAAGCGUAACGAGGCUCAGCUGCGCAUUACUAGUCAUUUCCUACUACAGUGUAAAUUAUUGAAAAGACAUCAUCAUCUUUCAGACGUAGUCUCUCCUCUUAAGUUUUUUUAAACUCUUUUUUAUUUCACAGGCUGUCCUGAUAACUCAGGUAAGGUGUACAGUAUACUUUUAAUUGUAAGAUUCCUGUUUCCUACCUUAUCAAUUUCGCCUCCCCUAAUUUAUUCGUGUAUCGCAGUCAAGAUGUUUACUAGCGGGUAAACAAGGGCUUUAAUAGUACAACUAUUCAACAUAUUAGGAACUAAAUCUGUCAAUCGGUAUUGGAUUAUCGAAAUUUUUUUACAGAGAGAUGUAGUAUUGAAGCUACCAGUAAAGAAAACCUUUAGAGCUUUCUACGUUUAUACAUGUUUGAUAAUGUACUAACAAUUAAUGAAAGGAAAAGCUGUCUUGCUAAGGAAGAACGCCUUAUGAACCCUCAGAUGUUGCCAAAUAUCUUCCGUUAAAAUUUAAAUUUUCAGGGAUAUUUGUGAAUAUUUUUCCUCCAAGUUUUCAGAGAAAUUUUUUUGCAACCUGAUCUAAAUUACCCGAAAAUUCCAAGAGAAAAUAUUUCCAACUCUGCUUAAAAAAAAAAAAAAAAAACAUUUAUUUAAGGAAUAUUGGUAACUUUUGAUUGUUCCUUCGGGGUUUUUCUUUAGCAUGGCAGAAUAUGGCACUAUGCAGUCCAGUGAAAAAUUAAGUACGUAGCUGCCUCUAUGUGCAUUUAUAUUCCAAAUUACGUGCUUUUUCCCUUUUUUAAAAUUUUAUUUUAAUGUUAAUUAAAAUUCUUGUUAUGUGACUCAUUGUUAUCAAUCUAGGCGUUUUGUCUAUUUAAAAUCAUUCAUAUUUAAUUAAAUGAGCCUAUUAGAGGGAUUCUUCAAUAUUUUCCAAAUUUAUAUCAUCAUUUUUUUCUUUGUUUUCUCCUGGUGCUGAUAUAAGAAAUCAAAAAUUAACUUGGAAAACCCUGAACCAUCAGUUCAAGUGCCCAGAGAUAGCUUCAAGCAUUGUGCACAUCAAAUUAAUUUUUCUAUGGAUGCCUUAGGCAAAAUUGUGAUUUUUUUAAGUGCAUAUUUUUAUACUUUUGAAUGUUUGACAAGUUUUUAUACUGUUAUAUUUUUCAAGUCCCAUCGCUUGCGCAUUGAUCCCCUCCGUUAAAUGUUUUUUUUUUCUUUCAAAAAUUUUGCGUGCUAUUUUGGUGGAAAGCAUACCUAUGCUUUAAUAACAUUCUUUAGGAGUUGUUUCGUUUGUAUGCAUUUACAGGUCUCAGCAAUCAAGUUUCGAUAGAAAACAAGUAGAUUCCCAAUUUACUAACAAAAUUUUUAAAAUAUACAGACUAUUCAAGAUGACCUAAGUUAUUUCUGAACCAACUAUUUCAUUAUUCUAGUAUUUGAAAAUCUUGAAGCUUGCUGUUAGCGGAAAAUUAUCUUUAAUCAUCAGUUUAAUGGCAUCUCACAGUGUUCUACACAAUUUGUGAGAAUUAUUUUUUUCACUGUGUGGCUGCGGAAUAUAUUUUGUUAUUGGAAACGGUCGACAUUCAGCCUUUUAGUGUACAUAGGCAGUCAAAUUGAGCGUAAAGUUGUGCUAUUAGAGUCCCAGUAGUUUUUAAUAUUCUUAGUGUACAAGUAUUUUGUAAUUCAGGUUUUUUCUUUUCUUUUUUUUAUCAUUGUAAAUAAUAACCAAAAUGUGUAAGUUUUUCUUUUUUUUUGUUUUUGUUUUUUGUAAGUCAGAAAAUAAGUAACUGUAAAUUUUAUAAAAGUGGAUUUGUUCCAUCUUUAUAUUUUGUUCCAACUGGAUUCCUAAUUCAGAAAACAUAAGGAAACAAAAUGAUUCCUGAUGGCAGAGCGCACUCAGGGAAAUGACAGCAGCAAUUAUACUGCCACAUGCUCAGGAAGUCUUAUUUGUCACUACAUAUUAUUAAGUCCUUAAGCAGUCAGUAACUCGUUGUUACUUUAAUUUUAGUAGGCAGCUAUCUACCACCAGGCAGCAAAUUCAAAGGCCGGAGGAAGAAUUCGCUGAUUUCCUACCACGGAGUGUUUGCUAUCAUAGUUUUUUCACCAUUCAUUCUACACUCUUCAAACAUUGUAAAAGUUGGGGAAUCAGAGAGAUCCCCGUUACUUCCGAAAUUAGGAAUUUCUAGACCUGAAAAUUACUUUCCUCCCAAUUUCAAAGCUCACCUGAAAAUGAUUGAUUUUUCUUUUUUGCAAAUAAGGCGUAAGUUUUUCCGAACUCAAUUUACUGACACUUAUUUUUAAUAUUCCCUAAAAUUUGUCAGUUGAGUAGUGUGUUCCAUCUUUUCAUCUGCUGUAGCUAUAGUUAAAACCCAUGACUUCGAAAGUAAAAGAGGAAUUUGAAGUAUUUAAAGGAUGCUUUCUUUCCCUAAGUAACUACGCCAGUAAACCGAACGAGUUCCGUACCUCGCGGGCUAUGUUCUUUGCCCUGACGUAAAUUGUAAGGAUUUUUCUGACGCCUUUUAAUGAAGUUUGCCAAUAUCAAUGUUCCUCUCAGUAAAACUUAUGUAGAAUAUCCUGUUGAUUUUUGCUCAAAUGUAAGUAUCAUUUUUCCCAAUGAUAAAUAUUCAGGUGCCAUUCGCUUUUCGUCAAAGUGGGUAUUUCUCCCUUUGAAGAAAAAGCUUUUUCACUUUUGAAGUUUCGCCAUCAAUUUUUGAAGAUUCCUAGACUUAGAUAUUGGUUAGUUAAUGAAAAGGCCGAUCUAAGAACAGUUGGAGUGUUUGGUUUGCUAGUGCAUCAUGCUAAUGAAGCUAAAGCAACUGUUGAACAAUGGUUUCACUGUUUAGAAUAUGAUCUUAUCUGAAAUCUUUCGAGACAUUCCUGGUUUUUUUUAUCUGUUUAUUAAGAGACUAUCUGUAUCGGACUAUUAAGAAAAUAUCUGUGUCUAAUGCACCACUUACUCUCAAAAAUAGACUACUCAGAGGUUGAAACUGUUUAUUCAUAUUAAUUGGUUUGCCUCUAAGAUGAUCAUUUAUCUUUUAGUAGAGUACAAAAUCAAGGGAAGAAUUUGAGUUGCAUUGGUUGUAAACAUGGAGGGUCAUUGAUCCAUUCUGACACAUUGACUGCUGCGCUGGGCCUGAAGGUCAAUAUUUUUCGAGUAUCGCUUCACUGUCAGGACACAGAAUUUUUGGGGCACUCCACCCUAAUGUCAUAGAAUUUGCUUAUGCAUAAAACUUGCAUCAGUGGCUCUUUCUUGUGAAAAAUUGAGAGCACAUGUAGCUCCGCUGUACUUCUGCUCUGCAUUUGCUUAAACACUUACAAAUUUAGAAGGCCGCGCGUUUCGGAGCAGAAUGAUUUACACUUUAGUAGUCAACUUGUUAAGCUAUCAGAAUCAUCAAAAUCCAGCUGCUGUGCAUUUACUUCAAAAUUUUGUUGAAAAGUAAACACUAUUCAAAAUCAUGAAAACACUUUCUUUGUAAGAUUGCGGAGCCUAAAAAUGAGAACGUCCACGUUCAAUCAGAAAGAUCUCAUUUAAGCAUAUCCUGAACUAGGAGGUGGUGAGAAGAGAAAUUGACUACGUAGAUUUAACACUGGCCAACUUGUCAAAGUAAGGUCAAAAUUGUACUUUAAAUGUCAGGACUGCGUCCUAAUUGUUCGUUUUUUGAUUGUGCUACUUUAGACCCCCUUGCUUGAUCAGGAUGUGGUAUGCUGUUAAGUGAUUAGAAGUCUGAACUACAUCCAGAGACAUCAUUGCGUUUUUUCUAUCUUUGCGUCUAGGAAGAAUUAAUAUUUUUGUUGCGAGUGAAUCAUUUUCUUAGACGGCAAAAGGAAAGAAUUGCACGUGUAAAGGUUCCAAACAGUACAUUUCUUUUAUCACCUCCUCCGAUGAAUGGCCAUUACUCGAACAAAUUGUAGCUACCAAUUUUUCAAUCACUGUACGAUUUUUUGUUUACGUUUAGUUUUUUGUAAACUCUCUAGCUAAGCAUCCUGUACAUACUUUAGUGUUGUAAAAGACUUCGAUUUCUAGUUAUUUAUUUUUUUCAUCCCUCACAUGUGAAUUAUCCAUUAUGAUUUCCCCCCUUGUAAAUUUAGUUUCAAAACCAAUUGUACCUCUAUGAUUUUUUCGCUCAUUUUCUAUACCCUUAUUUUUAAUUUAUUUUUUGAUAAUUUGUUGUAGAACAAAGAAUUAUAUAUAACAUUUAUUAUUUUUUACAAAAUGACUUAGUUGGUAGUUUUUAUUUCCUCUUCUUUUUUAAAUGUAUUAGUGUUACACGUAGAACAUUUCACAUAUUUUUCAGAAUGUUAACUUUUUUAUCAUUUUUCUCUAUCCAUGUAAAUAUUUACAGUACUUCUCAGAUUUGUCAGUGCAUAAACUGUUCAUCCUCUAAUUUUCUAUCUUAUUCUUGCUGAGGUCAGUGAAAACUAUCAAAAGUCAUUCUGUCAUUGCAGCUUUCCUUUUAAUGAUGUUAGAGAGAGCAAUGAAUAACAACUUGUGCUCAGGACCUCCCAAGCAACGAUUUACAAGUAUACCAACACUAAUCUCUGAAAUAAUUUAAUCAAUCUUGAAAUACAGUGAGAUCUCAAUUUAUCGGAUUUUACGAGACUGAAAAAUUGAGCCAUUAAACCACUGAAUCUGUCAAUUCAAGCUAGCUUAAAGCUCUUGAAGGGAUCAGAAGGUCGAUCCGUUGAAUGCCACCCAAUAAAUUGAGGUCUUACUGUAUAAUCAAAUCAAAUUUGUUUUAUCCUUCUUCUCUGUGGCACAAAUAUGUCAUUUAUCCUUCACAUUAUUAUUUACUCAAGAGAAGUAUCUCUGUUCAAGGGUAGUUGAAGAAUUUGUCUGUUUUUUUAUUUGAGAACAAGCUGAUGAGUGAAACAUUUGAACAUAGAAUUUUGCCUGGUUAAUUUCCUCUCUCUCAGAAAUUCUGUUGAAAAUAACUUGAACUGUACCGUUAAAUGAUUCUUUUUGUCCUUGCUAAAAUGCGAUCAAAAUCAAACUCUCAUCUUUAUCGCACUAAGGCUAUUGCAGAAAAAUGGGUUUUUCACAUUAUUCCUUUAUUUCUCUCAAAUAUCUGGUAAUUUAAACUAAGAAUCGAAAAAAAUAAGCCAGUGACAAAAGAAUGGACAGAUAAAGUUUUGAGUAGUUUCUUUUACACCGAGGAAUUACGACCAGGUAGAUUCAGUGAGAAUUAUCAGCUCAGUUUCAAGAAAUCUAAAGUAAAACUCUGGAAAGGAGUGUCCAGCUCAAAUUGUUUAAAUCUUAUUUUGUCAGGUAGAAGUUCAAAUUGUUAAAGUUUUUUUUUCUAUAUAUUUAGUCUAGUCGGCUUCAAGGAAGGCAAGUCCAUUCUCCCUUAGAAUGACCUCUGGAAAUUGUGUUCUUUCAAGGUUUUGUCAUUUGAAGGAAGAUAUUUUAUUACAAGCAGUUAUGUCCGAGAGAGGUGGUUUUUUCGGUCACCAUGCAUAAAAUUAAUUGACGUGAAAUUCUCAUACUAGAGGGUAAGAAACUUGAGUGUUUGCAAAGAUUUUGCCCUACUGUCAGCUUCUUGAUUUUGUGCAGAGGUGGAUUAGUAGCUGAGCCAAUGCAAGUGACAUCCGCUUUCAGUUAGCAAAGGAUUAUGUUCACAACAUUAGGAAAUUUGAUACAGGAUUUUCAAUUUGCAUCCUGCUCAGAAGGCCGGAAGAAACAUAGUAUCAAAUAAUAUAAAUAUUUAGCUGGUGCCAAACUUAUUGGCACUGUGUGCACAGUCCUUUUCCACACAGCCAUAACUAGCACCAUCGCAAGGCAAUUUUAGCAGCUCUAAAAUAUCUCUGCAGUCUUGUCCUGAUAUGCUGUAACAAGUGUGUAAGCAAACGGCUGCUUAGAAAAUUUUGCUCAAAUGAGCUUUUGUUCUGCACCACAAGAAUGUUCGGUUUGAUAUUAAAUGUUAUGCACGAUGACAAACUUACCAUUUCUCCAAUGAAACAACUUGUGCGUUAAACCGCCACUAUUAUUAGAGGUAGAUAUAUGCACUAACCCUAAUACGUGUAGCAAUUUUUAUGCAUGAUUACUUUGCAUUAAUACUUCUUGGUAUUUUCGUGUCUCUGUUAUGAGUGUUUCUCACUGUUCUUUGCCGUUUAUUAUGAUUCAUACUUUAAUUAAUGGUCUGUUUCUUUUUUUAUGUUAAAAUUGUGGUACAUUUCUCUUUGUAAGUGUUUCUCUUGAAAAAAAAAACAGCACUGUUUCUUUUGUAUGCUUGACAGAUUUAGACUUGUUUCGCCUGAUGCUCAUUUGUAUCCUAGCUGAGCAAACAAGGGGUGUCCUACCAUCAGAUAAAAUAUAAAAGAUCAAUAUCCCACGAUAUUUUACUCGGUUAUCAUUUUUUUAUUUGUCCUAUUGCAUUAAACCGCUGAGAUCUUUCACAAGUAAAUCAAUGGCACCCAAUUAUUCUAUGCUCAUUAAUUCUAUGCUACUGAUGAUUUCGACAGGCUUGAGUGCAUCAAACUGCAUCAAAAUUCCAUUUUUUAAUUCAGGACAAAUAUCGAUUAAUUGUCAGACACCCCUCUGUUUUUCUCAGAACUACCGCUAUGAUCGAUUUUUUUAAUGUCUGUGCUGUUUUCAAAUUUUUGUAAUCUCUUUAUAUUGUUCGAUGUAAAAAUUAUCAUCAUAUGGGGUUAAAAUGAAGUGCUGGUCAAAGUGGAUCAAAAUGUAUGCUUUUUCGAAAAGGGGGAAGAAGUCAAAUAAAGUUGUAGGUUUUACCUAUCAAUAAUCAUAGCAAUUUGUAUAUUAGCCUUCACAAAUUAAGAAUGUAUUCUUGCUUUGGCCUCAAAGUUUAGAACUAAAAAUAUUUCCUCUUUCAAAGAUUGCUGAACUGAAGUGACGCACAGCCGAAAUUUAUACUGCAUGCUCCCCUCUCAAGAUACAGAAAUGACAAGUCCUCAUUUUUCCUUGCUUUCUAGAAAACAAAUAUUUAUCAAAUAUCUCAGAUUUCAACUCCGUAUCUUUUAAAUUCCACUUCUAGUUUUCCAUUUGAAGAAGUAUUUUGAACCUCCAAAUCUUAGUUUUCACUCAACCUUUUUCAAAUCCCAUAGUACGUUUUUUCUUCCCUCUUAACGUUCUAAAGUUCAGCGUCUUUCUCAAAGAACAGAUUUUUUAGUUGAAGGUCCAUCAUUUUAUAUUCUGUAUCUUCAAUUUUUAUCGUGCAAUAUCGGAUCAUUUUUAUUUUUAUAAAUAUUUUCAUUUUCUACUUUGUUAACUAGUUCAAAAUAGUUUUCACAUUCGAACAACUACAAUUUAAAUUUUUUUUUUUCAAAAGUUUUACACCUGUGCUCAUUAGUGGUGCUAUUUUUUUUAUGAAACCCAGUAAUACGGACUCAGAUUUUUUUAAAAUCUUUAUUCAGCGUUUCAUUUCCUGUUCUUCAAGUUUCAAAAAGCAAGCAGCACAAACUUAUUUCAUUGAUCAAACUGUUUCAUGUAAAUGAAGGAAAUCUGAUUAAAUCACAGUUUCAGCAAAAGUUGGUAAAUGUACUUACAACUUAAGUACAACAACGGCACUCGCUGGCCUAUCCGGUUUUUUGUGCACUUCAUUCUUUUGACGCUACAUAAGAGGGCCCUUGUAUCAAUGAGUGCAAUCUCUAAAUUCUUCUGUCGUAAAUGUUCAGUUUAACAGCCCAACUUAUCUUUUCUUUUUGUUUUAAAAUUUGCCAGAAAGUAAUCCAACCGAUGCUUUUUCCUUUCUUUAAACUAAUCAUGCAAAAGUAAUUACUCUAACUCAUAGAUGCAUAGUCCUUAAAUUUUAUGAAAUAUUUAAUGAAUUGUAUUAUUCAUGAUACAAGCUCAUCCCUCUUUUAAAAUCAUAAUUUUUUCUAUAUUAUGACAAAAUGCUAAAUAUUAUCUGACUUUCCUUCGUCUGCAGUCUUAGUGUUUGGUAUUGCAGAUUUGAGUACCCAGUCAAUAACAGAUUUACUUUUAUCUCAUCCUUGACUUUGACCUGAGAGAAAUUUUUUCAGGAAUUGCAAAUCUCAUGCAAAACUAUCUUUGUUAGAAAUCAAAGUAAUAAUAUUUAUUUUCGGGUACAUAAUUGUGACUGUCCUCAGGGGAAACGUUUUUUGCGCGAAAGAACUGGAACCCGAGUUAUUGAUAUCAUUGUAUAGAGGAGUCAAUCGCUAAAAUUUUGGCAUAAGAACGCUCAAAAUUUUCAAAGUAAAUGUAAGUUAAAACAGACCUAAGUCGUUGGUUCAAGAAACCCAAUCAUGAUAAAAAUUAUCCAAGGUUUUUUCUUCCAAGUGUAGGUCUCAGAAUGCUCCUAUAAAAAUGUAACUCAAUUAAUUAACUUAAACCUCGAAGUUCUUUGAAGUAUUAGAGAGCGUUUCUUGUUCAAAACUUACAUACAGAUAUGGCCUGAUCAUCCAACGAUAACUGCAUUUCAAAAUUGCCGUCGGGAACUGAAGUCCCCCUCCUCUGUGGAUGGUCCAAUGUAAGAUGACGAAUCUUUUGCAAAUAUCUGGGUCAAAAAGUUAGGUAUAUUUUCAAAUAAGAGUCAAAUAAUUCCUACCUAAUUUUGAUGUACACACCCAUUAAUGUUGCAACAGAAAUAAAGUAGAAUUGAAGCAAAAAUGAAUAAUGAUGAGAAAGCAGGAACUAAAGCAUCAGAAAAAGAACCUCUCAUCGGUCAAACCAGUGUAAAUAAAUUACCUAUCAUAAUCGUCGUCAUACUUUCUUUUUUUACUCAGUAUUUUUACGAACCUUGUUAUUAAAUUGUUGGCUUUAAUUUAAAUUUUGAAACUUUUUGUUCAAAUAUAAUACAUUUUAUGCAUAUUUUUUCUAACUUGUUUGUUGAGAGAAGAAUUUUUAUAACUAAGAUUAGGUUUUUUCUUUCUUUUUUUUUUAAAAUAAAAGUAAAAUCAAUAUUGUAAAAUUACUCCUUUUUUUUAAAGUAAGAUGAUUGAAUGCACUUUUUUCGUAUUUCCUCCCAAUUACAGAAUUUUCAAUAGGUCAGCCCCACAAAAGUAAUAAAAGGUAGCUCAAUAGAUUUUAUAACGUUUGUAUGAUAGACUAACAUUUCUUGUAUACUUGACAAAAGUCUCUAAUCUUUAAGUAUAAUUGAAGUAAUCUUAAUUUGCUAGACGUAAGUUUUUUUAAAAGAAAAAUAUUUUACUGCAUAGUUUUCUAUCUUUCCUCUAUUCAAGAGUAUGCCUCUCUAUUCGAUGAAUGUUUCACUUGAAACUGCUGUAAGUCAAGCGUUUUACGUGAAAAAUUCAUGCAACUUGGUACAAAAUGUAGAGCGUAGCAGUUUUUUUGGUUUGACCCCCCCCCUUCCCCCUUCAACCUGAGCGUAAUUCAUCUUUCAACUAUGUCAGUUAUGUAGCAUUAGUUUUAACCCAUCCUGAACUCUAAACAUAUGCUUGCAAUGUAUCGCCUCGAUAGGAAUGCAGCUAUCAAUUUAAUUUCACUGUAAAAUGGUUUUAUUUCCCUACUAGUAAGAGGAUUUAAUGUAAAAUUGUAUAGGGCUUUACUUUAACUGAGCGUCCAGUGAUGAAAAAAAAAAUGUAUGAAAAGUUGCCUGAGAAUAAGAGACACGUCAAGGACAGUAUAAUAGUGCUGUGCUUAGGAAGAUCGCUGUAUUGGGCUUUGGACGUUGCUAGAUUUCCUUUAACAUAACCCAAAUUUUUUGGGAAACUUAUCAAUAUUUUUCCCUGAAUUAUUCAGAGAAUUUUGUUCUCAAUUUGAUCGUGAGUAUCUAAAAAUUUAAAAGAAAAUUACUCAUGACUUUCUUUAAUAACUAAUGUUUUAUCAGAAGAAAUUUGGCAACCAUCGGAUUUUCAUACAGCGUUUUUGGGUAAAAAAAGGUGAGAGAUCAGUUGAAAAAUGAAUGGCUGAUUGGUUCUAUGUAUAUUGUGAAUUGGUUUUCUCAAGGUGACUCCAGGCAUUAUUUUGGUGUAAAUUAAACUCUGUAUGAUUUACAUCUGUAUUUGAUUUUUACUUUGGUUUUUUUUUUUCAACAAUUUGGAAGAUAUAAAGACAGUAGAUUCUUGUCUUGACACAAUGCCGAAUUUCAAAUUCCCACGCACUCGAUAAUGAAAGCAAGAAUCUAGUGGAUGAAAACCCCUCUGUUUAGUUAACGGCAUCCAAAAAUGGAAUGAUAGAUUGCAUUCAGCAGAAGGGAGUCAACGUGAUUAGAGAUUAUUCAAAAUCGUGCAACCCCUUUCGCUUAUUAAAUACUAAGUAUAUGUAUAGUAAUGGAAUGUAUACAAUGGGUUUCCCUUGAAAUUAACCAUUUUUUGGCAAAGAAAAGAAAAGAAAACAAAAGCCAUUUUCCAUUCUAGGCAUUUACUAAGUGUAGGGAUAAAGUUGCGCGAUUUUUUUAACACUGAAAUCGCGUUGGUUCCUUUCUCCUGAAUGCAGUUCAAAUGAAAUUAUUUUGAACAGACUUUUGCUUUCAUUCUGAAAUAUUUCUAAGUUUGAUAAUGAAUUUCUGAGUCAAGAAAUCAUCACCUGUAAAUGCUAUUUCACUCGAUUGAUCAGAGUACAGUCCUACCGUUUGAGACAUAUGAAUCAAAGUACUUAAUGCCUGGAUUAAUCUAAAACUUUCUCAGCAUUUUAGAAAAAUAUUGCUGUAAACUACACCACCAAAUCAAUUACUCUGAUAGCCGCAUAAUAUCGAUCACUGCCUUGCAAAGAAUUUACUUCACCUCUUAGAAGCACAUAAUCUCUUGAAGUUUGUCGCCAACUAUUUCAUUAAGUCUUCUACUGGAUUGAAAAGAUAUUUUGAUAUUUAAAAUUAAACAAAGAGUUGUUGUUGGUCAUGAUAACAGGAUUCAGCACUAAGGCGCAGGUCUUGAGUCAUUGCUUUUUAAUUUUGCUGCAGUUAGGUGAUAGUUUCGUAGUUAGGUAAGGUACUUGGUAUUGUACAAACUUGGUACCUUUUUUUUUAUUUUUUAAGUUUGUGGUUAAUGUACUAAUGUUAUUAUUUUUUAUUUAUUAAUCUUUGUUUUUUUUUAAAUCUUUUCUUUGCUCUUCUCCUUGUUUUUGUACCCUCUCAGUUAAAUCUUAACUUUGCGAAACAGGUUUUAUUUUAUCAUGGUACCUACUCCUUUUUUGAAUUUUGUUGUUGUAAAUAAUGUUACAUCAUAAUUAAUACAAUACAAAUACAGUUUUUGCCUUUUUUAUA